AUGUCAGAUCUCACCAGUAUCAAUAAAAUCUUAUCUAUGAAAAAGAAAGAGAGACUCAUUUCAGAGGAAGCUGUUUUUUUUUUUCCAGGAGAUUUUGAUGAAUUCACUCAAGAUAAUAAUGACAUUAUGUUGAAAAACAUAGCAGAUGACCUUCGGAAUUGCUUACCUCUGGAAAGCAUGCUUUCUUCAGAACAUCUAGCCCUUCAAAAAAUCCAGCAGCAGCCAGAACCCACAGUUCACGUUGAUGCAUUCCUUUAUGAUGAAGACUUUAUUGAUUCAUUAUGCGAGGAAGGAAAAAUGAGCAGAAACUACUGUAUGGUGUGUGGCUCACAUCAGACAGCACCUCUAGGAUUUAUUUCUCAUUCCUUCUCCCUCAUGGAGUUGAAGUUCAUUUACCAUCAUCUACUCCCUGACCUGUCAGGAAAGGUCUUGGUUGACGUGGGCUCCAGACUUGGCACAGUCCUCUACGGGGGUUACCUUUACAGUUCAGCAGCACAGCUCUACGGAGUAGAAUUAAAUGGAGACUUUUGCCAAUUGCAGGAAAUGGUCAUAAAAAAAUACCAGUUUGGUGACAGGAUAAAGGUGCUUCAUGCAGACAUCUGUACCCAGGGUUCACUUCUGCAAACUGCUGAUGUCGUCAUUAUGAAUAAUGUCUUCGAAUAUUUUCUUAAUGAGGCCCAACAGGUCAGAGCCUGGAAAUACAUCAGCCAUAACAUAAGGAAGAAAGGAUCACUAUUGGUGACAGUACCAAGUCUUCAAGACUCUCUGUCAGGUCUUCAGACUGAUAUACAGUUAUCCCUCUGGGUUGAAGAGGUACCUCUGAACUACGAUGUCUACCCACAAAAGGACAUCGACAGAGAAGCUCAACAAAUUCAUUUGUACAAGAUUCUCUAG